UGUCAGAGUUUACCGGAUGGAAGAGGUGGGGGCUGUAGAAAAGGAAUUUUCAUUUUUCUCAUUUCUCACACCAGCACCGGUCCGGCACAUACGUGCGAGUCUAUGUCACAACCGGACGGGUCUCCAAGUCCAUGGAUAAAAAGGAACAGAACGCACUGGAAUGUUUGUUUUGGGAGACAGUAACGGAACCUUCGGUAUUGGCAACAUAAAGUCGUCAUUCAUGAUAGAGGACAGAGCCGACGGUGGAGAUCCCGGGGGCUCCACCAACAUCAUGAUCUUGGAGGCUUUUGCGCCACGGCUGCUGAAGUUUGCGCAGGGCGCCGCAGAGGCAGCAGCAGCAGCAACGACGUCUCCAUCCACCUCCAGUCAGCCGCAGGUCAUGGAGAUGGAGACGAACGGGACCCGGUGCGGCGAGCAUAUUCUGAGCUACGGCUGGUUUGAGAAAGUCCUGAUCGGCGGAGUCCUCACCAUGCUCACACUGUCCACCAUCUGCGGGAACUUGCUGGUGGUCAUCUCCGUGUGCUUUGUCAAAAAGCUGCGCCAGCCGUCCAACUAUCUGAUCGUUUCGCUUGCCGUGGCGGACCUGUCAGUGGCUCUGGCCGUGAUGCCUUUCGUCAGUAUCACGGACUUGAUUGGUGGCCAGUGGAUUUUCGGACAGUUCUUUUGCAACGUUUUUAUCGCCAUGGAUGUGAUGUGCUGCACCGCGUCCAUCAUGAGUCUGUGCGUAAUCAGCAUUGACAGGUAUCUGGGUAUCACAAAACCGCUGACGUAUCCUGUCCGGCAAAACGGCUGCUGCAUGGCCAAGAUGGUUCUGUCAGUGUGGCUCCUCUCAGCCUCCAUCACCCUCCCCCCUCUGUUCGGCUGGGCACAGAACGUCAAUGACGGCAGAGUCUGCCUCAUCAGUCAGGACUUUGGCUACACCGUCUACUCUACCGCUGUGGCGUUCUACAUCCCCAUGUCAGUGAUGUUGAUCAUGUACCACAGGAUCUACAGGGCGGCCAAACUCAGCGCUGCCAAGCACACCAUCACCGGCUUCCCCAGGGAAGGGGAGUACGGCGAAGGGGUGGAUACUCGAAGGGAAAGAGGAGAGCAUGAGGCUCACCGGCCAGCAGUAUCAGGAGAAACAGGAAGUGUUGAAGGGACAGAGGCUGAACAGGAAGCUGAGGAAGAGGAGGAGAGCUUGGACUGCGUGGCAGCGGCGUUGAAGCUCCAGCGCGAGGUGGAGGAGGAGUGCAGCACGCGUGUCUCUCGCCUCCUCAAGACCGGUGAACACCACCAGCGCCGGAAGAGGAAAAACCAGUCCAUCUUCAAACGGGAGCAGAAGGCUGCGGCCACUCUGGGCAUCGUGGUCGGCGCCUUCACCUUCUGCUGGCUUCCGUUCUUCUUGGUGUCCACGGCCAGGCCAUUUGUCUGCGGAGUGGAGUGCAGCUGCGUGCCGCUCUGGCUGGAAAGAACUCUGUUGUGGCUCGGAUACGCCAACUCCCUCAUUAAUCCCUUCAUUUACGCAUUUUUCAAUCGCGAUCUGAGGACCACCUACAGUAACCUCUUGCGGUGCCGCUACAGGAACAUCAAUCGAAAACUGUCAGCGGCUGGCAUGCACGAGGCUCUGAAACUGGUGGAGAAGCUGUAGGUCUGCCGAUCAGCGAUGCUGCAGAGACCAACAGAGACGAUUGCCAGGGAAAACGCCCAGUGGGGCUUAGAGUGUGGCACAAGGCCACCACCCUGCCAGAAUGGUCAUUUCCCAGAAUUUGUACGAUGAUUGCUGAAGCGAGAUGAGGCAGGUUGCUGUGAUUAAAUGGAUACACACAAAGGAACACUGAAGAAGCCAAGAAAUCCUUUUUCUCUGGGGGUUGUGAAAAAAAAAAACGAGGGAAGGUUUAAGUCAGUGGCGAUGAAUUCAUAUUGUCUGAACAGUGGCUGCUGCAGUGUAUUCACAACAACUGUCCAACAAUUAUCAUGAUGGUUGCUACCUUGGUGCAUUCAAAACUGGUUGCUACCCUACUGAACAGUCUUUUGCACAGGAUUUAUUGUCACACACAUUGGUGAAACUACACAUUGACUUUGGACUCAUCGACCACCAUGAGUGGAAACUUUCUAACUCAGUAGCCAGUGUGAUGUAUUUUGAGAUUGAGCCAAUGAUAUCCUGCCCUUACAAACAAAAAUGGAGGAGUUCUUGGAACUCAAAUGGACCAUGGAGCCUAGAACACCAAAUGCAUUCACCUUGGUCCCCGGUCAUCACAGCGGCACUGUUUUUCACUGCUUUUAAACGUUAAGUUUGCUUCAGUGGACGAGCAUGAUAGCAAGUGGACAAGCUAUUGUAGGAUUUAAACUCAACUGACAAACUGACGUGUAAAAUUGUACAAAAGUCGAUAGCCACACUGUUUCAGAGGUCAAAAUUGCUCCCUCUGAUGAUCUGUACCUGAUUUGAGUUCAUAUCUUUUGAAGAUUCUUUUUUUGUUGUUAAUAUAACUGUAUUGAAUGUGCCAAAACUUGCUAUUUUUUCCACUACUCGUCAUGUCCACUACGUUGUUAAAAAAAUAUUUACUGAUCAAUCAAGAUCAUAUGUUUUGUAAUCAGGCGGCUUACUUAAGAAGAACACAUACUGUAUUUAGGAAAUGAUGGAUGAAUGCAGACAAGCCAGAGACGUAAAGAUGUACGGAGAGACAUGAUCACUUUGGACUUUUUCUUUUAACAUGCCUGUGCCUUUUAUUCCGGUUUAGUUAAAGGUUUGGUUGCAGUACAUACAAGUUUCUUUUCAAACUAUGCACCUUGUGUUGUGGAUUUGACACAAUGGGUGACAGUCCUCUGGGCACUCCCAGGUGAUCAUGGCUCAGUUUUAGCCUUGAUGUUUACUACGUCAAACUAAAAAAGGUACUAUCAAGACAAAAGAUAAAUGAGGUUAAAACUCUGAGCUUUCCAAAUGGCCUACUGUUCUCACUAUCCCAAUCCAUAUCCAUUUUGUACAACGUCAGUAUCAAUUUAGCAAUUGAUUACUUUUGGUCUUAUGAUGUCGGAAAAUAUUAAAUACAUGUCCAUCACAA